CCUGCGUGCAGGCUGCACAUCUGGGCCAGUCAGCGAAGCUCUGGCUUUGCAGCGGCCAAUAACAAGGGUGCUGGUGAAAUCUGACUCUCUCCUUCUGGGCCGGAAAAUCUCCCAGUCGCAGCCAAUCGAGGUGCCGCUGGCAGCAGCUGGGGGAAGAGCUGCUGCGCCGGGGAAAGGUGGGGAUCGCAGCGCAAUGGAGACCCAGAAGAAGGGGGCGGCUGCAGCUGUGCCCGGGGGCGACUGCUAGAUUACUAUCUCUGAUGGAGCUAUGCCAUCAGUUGGGAUGAAGCCGGCCAGUGCAUCAUGCCAUCAUGUGUUCCCAGCAGACCUGCCGCCAAGAGACCUGUUUGUUACGAUGAACCACGCAGCGAGUGCAGGAAGGCACCUGACUAUCUGUGUAGCUUGUUGUCACUGACCAUUGAGUACUUGGGCAUGGAGUCUGUUGUUGUGGUGACAGAGUAUGAUUCGACUGGUGCCCCAGUUACAUCUCCACAUUCUUCUCCUCGGUUGCCCCGGAGGCCGACAGUGGAAUCAAAUAAAGUUUCUAUUACUGGUUUGCAGGACUGUGUGCAGCUUAAUCAAUAUAAAUUGAAAGAUGAAAUUGGAAAGGGCUCCUAUGGGGUUGUGAAGCUCGCGUACAAUGAAGAUGACAACACCUACUAUGCAAUGAAAGUUCUUUCCAAAAAGAAGCUUAUGAGACAAGCAGGGUUUCCACGCCGCCCACCUCCUCGAGGUGCCAAAGCCACAUCCGAAGGCUGUUUGGAACCAAAAGGGCCCAUUGAACAGGUGUACCAAGAGAUCGCCAUCUUGAAAAAGCUGGACCAUCCUAAUGUAGUGAAACUGGUGGAGGUGCUAGAUGACCCCAGCGAGGACCAUCUGUACAUGGUGUUUGAACUGGUAAAACAAGGGCCUGUGAUGGAAGUCCCUGCCAUUAAACCUCUCACUGAAGAUCAGGCUCGGUUCUACUUUCAGGAUCUGAUCAAAGGCAUCGAAUACUUGCACUAUCAAAAGAUAAUCCACCGGGAUAUUAAACCUUCCAACCUUCUAGUUGGGGAAGAUGGUCACAUCAAAAUCGCUGACUUUGGAGUGAGUAAUGAGUUCAAAGGAACUGAUGCCCUCCUGACCAACACUGUGGGCACCCCUGCAUUCAUGGCACCGGAAACCCUCUCAGAAAUAAGAAAAAUCUUUUCUGGCAAGGCUUUGGAUGUAUGGGCCAUGGGAAUCACGCUCUUCUGUUUUGUGUUUGGACAGUGCCCUUUUAUGGAUGAGAGGAUUCUAAGUUUACACAGUAAAAUCAAGACCCAACCCCUGGAAUUCCCAGAUCAGCCAGACAUUACCGAGGAUUUCACGGAUCUGAUCAUGCGGAUGCUGGAUAAAAACCCUGAAUCCAGGAUUUCAGUCCCGGAAAUCAAGUUGCACCCAUGGGUCACUAAGAACGGAGCGGAGCCGCUGCCGACGGAGGAUGAGAACUGCACGCUCAUCGAGGUGACCGAAGAAGAAGUCGAGAACUCGGUCAAACACAUCCCGAGCCUGGCCACAGUGAUCUUGGUUAAAACGAUGAUCAGGAAACGAUCUUUCGGGAAUCCAUUUGAGGGGAGCAGGAGAGAAGAACGACCACUGUGUGCCCCAGGGAACCUACUGAAGAAGCAAGGCAGCGAAGAUAAUCUGAAGUGCAAUGACCUGCCAAAUGUGGGAGGAGAUGAAGUUCUUUCGUGAAAUCCAACAUUAUGGUUAUGAUGAGCAACUUCGUCUAUGGCUCCUUUUAUACAAUGUGCAUCUGAGGAUAAGAGAUGUAACAGAGCCUAAGCCAAAUAAACACCGCAUGACACGGCACUCGUACAGCAUUAUACGCUGCAUGUAGCGCUUACAUAGCAGCAUGUUGUAAGAAAUCAGAUUACAGUACUUGUCAUAAACAUUGAACAUCUCUGAUUGUUAAAUACAUAACUAAAUGGACUGCUUGAUUUAUUGUUGGAAACAUGUUGGCAGAGAUCAGACGGGUGAGAUGAUUGUGAGGGGCAGUGGUGAUGAUUUGCAAAAAGCAAAGAAAGAAAGAUGCAGUUGGAAAUGGCUUUUAAGUGGUUUUAAUGCCAAAUAUUUCACAGAGACUAAUGCCACAAGGUAUUGUACAAGGUAGGUUGGCAGGCAUGUGAAAGUGUGAAGCUUCGUACACAGCUGUAAAAACCAGAAUUAUGCACUUUGAGAGUUCACAACCUACCGGAAAUAUUGUUGCAUCUAUUUUUUAUUGUUUUUUCUAAUUGACACAUAUUAAUUGCACGGAAGCAAAGUAAAAACCACCACAUCACUUUUUUCAACAAUGCCUGUCUUUUUGAGCAAAGUUUUAACAGUUUGAAUAAAUAGCAUCUUCAGGUAGUUCACAAACUAACGUUAAUUACUGUGUUUUGAAGAUACCACUUUUCCUAAAAUCUUGACAUUAGCAUGGAUAGAUGUGCACUAGCUGGGCCAAGUAUUCAGGGUACAAAUGGGAAAUGUAUCUAAGGGCUUGAAGUUUGGUCUGAAUUCUUACAGCAAUGGGCGUUUUGUGUUAGAAUGAGUUAAAACCUGUAUUGCUGUGGGAAAGUGAACUCCAGUUUUGAAUAGCAAAAGAAGCACUAACUUUUUCUAAAUCUUUUACUUGAGCUCGGUAGCUAUAUAGUUACAUGUUAAAUUCAGGGUAAAAUCCUUCACUUCCGUGUACAUCACAUGGUUUAAUACGUACAAAUAGCAUAAAUUGUUUUUUAAAUUGUAUCUAAAUAGACUUAGGGCUCAUUUAGGAUUUAAGAUCUUAUUGAAAUAUUUAGAUUAGCUGGUAACUUUCAAAGAAGUCCCCCCCCCCCCCCCAACUCUUAAUUUGGAUUUUGGGGCUAGAUAUUUCUGCAGACUAGCAGCCAAUAGUUUGUAAAUCCCUGUGGAUCAGAGGCUAGUUAGCAGACUUCAGUAAUUUAAAUGCACAUCUAGUCUACGGAUGACUCCUUACUAAGAGCAUUUUCAUCGUCCCUGAGAUUACUUCGGAAUGAUUUUGUGGUGGUGGUAAAAUGUAAACGGCACGUGGUGGGAUUCUGGCUUCUACAUUAGAUUUUCAGCUCAUGCAUGCUCUGUUAGUGGCUAGAGCAGAAUAACUGAGGUAAUCAUGAGUGGGGAUGAGAUUCUCCAUUUGAUUGGAGAAGGGUCAAAAUAGAUAAAGCAUGGCACUGAAAGGUGGAAGAGCUGCUUCUUUUCUCAGCCCUCCCACUGACUUGGUGUGAGACCUUGAGCAAGUCACUUCAUCGGCCUGUGCAACUGGGAGAAUCAAACUUCCCUACCAUGUAAGGGGCGUAUGAGGCUGAAUUCUUUAUCCUUGCGUGGAAGGCACUAUAGAAGUGUCAAGUAUUAUUUUGAUCACUAGUAAUUCCCCCACCCACCUCCUACCCUACAGAGGGCUUAUUGGGCCAGAGCCAUUAUGAGGUAGUUGUAUUCUUGCCUUCCUCUGAAGCAUCAGUUAGUGGACAUUGCAAGAGGCAGGAUUUGUUGGCUCUAUGUUCUGACCAGGUACAGCAAAUCCCAUCACCCUAGAAAUGACAGACCUUUAUUUAAGAGUUAGGAAGUUAAUUUGGUAAUUAGCAAGAAAAGUCCCACUUAUGCAAGUUCCCUUUAGCAUAAUUGUCUGUAUAGUUGGCAAAACCUUCUGGGUCCCAAUAAUCCAAGAUUCCCUGUGUUCCCAAGUUGGUACUGGAAUGAUAUAGUCCUCUUCUUUCCAAAACUGAUGACAUGAUUCAUACAAGAACCACAACUUCAGUAAACGUUUUCAGAGCAGAAACAAUGAAUCCACAGCCGUGAAAAGGACAUUCAGUUCUUCCUCUUGCUUAAUUGGAAGCUGUGAACUGCGAUGGUUGGCUCUGCUGCUUUGCUUUUUAAUACCAAGAGGAAUCCCAAAGUAAACUCAAGCGUCACAAUUUCUCCUUCCUCUUUUUCCCCAUCUAUUUUCUUUGUGGAAAUACAGAUCUGAUAAAGAGCUGCCAGUUGGUUUCCUGCGCUCGUAAGUGGAUUUGUUGUUUUGCAAAAAAAAUGCAUCUAAAUGCUUAAAAGAAAAUUCUCUUUAAUUGUUCUUCCUGGGUAGUUUGUGUAUUGUGUUUUUGUUUAAGGCCUGUGAGCGAUAUGGAGAUAUAGUGCUGAAUUUUUCCAUUUACAUUAAUGAUUUGGUACAUGCCGUUUUAUAUAAUUAAAGCUUAAUUUACAAAACAGGAGUGAUCAGGGCCUUGAGAGGUGCAAUGCAGGGAGUAAUGCAUCUACUAAAACAAGCUCAGGUCUAUCAGCGUCGUAUCGCGGCACCAGAGAUUAGCUGUAGAACAGUUUAUGGACAUUGGCCUUUGACUCCUAAGCAUCCAAAACCUAAGAGCUUCCUUGAGCAAACUCCCCAAGGAAUUUAUUUUCCUGCUACACCUAGCUCCAUGUCUGAGUAACAGUCUGCAGCCUUUCAGAGUAGCAGCCGUGUUAGUCUGUAUCCGCAAAAAGAACAGGAGUACUUGUGGCACCUUAGAGACUAACAAAUUUAUUAGAGUGGGCUGUAGUCCACAAAAGCUUAUGCUCUAAUAAAUUUGUUAGUCUCUAAGGUGUCAGUCUCCAGCCUGACCUCUCUGCCCAAUAUACUUUUCUGAAUUAAGCUCCUUGUUUUAUGUGGGCUUCCUUGUCAAAGUAUAAAGUGUGAGAAAGAUCUGUUAUCUAAAUGCAUGAGCUGUUAGAGAAACUAUAGAUACAAACCUGUUCAGUUUUGUACCUACCGUCCUUUACUAGUCAAGCGAUCUUUGUUGUAGUGAAGUAACCCUUUUACCUGUGCCUUUGAACGGGGCUGUGGCUAGUUUUCCCCUUGAAACUCCUUUAACAAAAAAACCCAACACUGGCCAUAAAUUGCUGCUGACUGAUGAGCCACGUGGCUCUGAACUUGCACAGUAAAGCGGUUAUUGGUUGGUGGCUCCCUAUUAUCUACUGGAUAAGCAAUCUGUUUUUUCAAAGUUCUGUGAUAUUGCUGACUUUUAUACUGUAUUUAAUGCCUAAGGCUUGUUUUAUUCCUCUCCCUGUUUACUAUGCAUUUUACUUCAUCAAGUGUAUAAAGUUUAAAUACUGUGUAUUUAUCACUUAAAUUAUAUUAACUAAUAAAAUAAAUGUAGGUGUUUUUCCACAGAUGUUUAAGCUUCUCUGUACAAGUUGAAAUAAAUAGCCUGCAAAAGUCAA